GUCACUUUGAGGGAGUUUUGAGCUCACGUACGAACAGCCGGAGGCACCGCCGUCGAGUUUUUGUGUGUUUUGAGGACAGAUCGGGAUUGGUGCACCUCACUAGGCGUGUUGCGGUUGUGAGGAUGAUGCUGCAAGUGGCGUCAGUCAUGUCGGGUGAGAGCGGUGGCCUGGUGUCCCGGAUGGACAGCGACUCCCUCCUCGUCGACCUGUAAGCACCACCACAAACCAACCAACGCCGACAGAGCAGACAGACAGACAGACACAUAGACAGACAGACAGGAGGGAGGAGAGAGGAAGGCCAGAUCUGCAGCAGCAGCAGACAAGGGCAGAUUGAUGUGCCUGCAUGUCGAUGUCAUAUUGUUUGAUCUCUCUCUCUCUCUCUCUGUGUGUGUGUGUGUGUGUGCGCGACCCAUCAGCGACUACACGACGACUCGCGAGCGUCAGGAGCAGAGCGACGCCUCUCUGGCCAAGAAGUGGGAGUCCGAGGGCGACCUCCUACAGGCCGCCCUCACCACCGACCCCAACACCAACAAGAAGAGAUGGCGCUGGCGGGGCGCACACAAGAAGCCCACCAAGCCGCAGGCCACCCUCAACGGCCUGCCCCUGCCCGUGCCGCCCGACGGCCUGGCCACACAGGUCGAGGACGUCCCCGAGAACGAGCUCGAGAUGGUCCUCUCCAAACUCAGCUUCCAGACGGGCCAGCCAUACAUCGAAGGGCAGGGCUACCACGGCGGCAAGACCGCCCCGUCCACACACACAGGAGGGGGCAAGGUGGGCAAGGUGGGUGAGGAUCUGGCGGCCAAGGUGCUGAAGAAGCCUCGCCGAAAACAGGCGAAGCGCAAGACCUUCUCGUCGCUGCUUGGGAGCCUCCUGGACUGCCUGCCCUGCCACGCACUCACAGCGCGGCUCGGCCUGGAUCACGACGACGUCGAUGACGGUGCGAGGGAGGCGCCGUUCAAGCCGGCGGCGUACAGUGCUGCGAGUUUGCUGCGGCUGCUGAGCCAGGCCGAGCAGCAUGCCGAUGACUUGGUGCAGGGGGCGGUGGCCAAGAAGCAGGCCAUGCAGAAGAGACUCAAGGAGGAGGUCGACCAGGAAGUGGCGGCAUACAGGUGUGUGGCAAAGAGGGAGAGAGGGAGGGAGGGAGAGGUUUCCAGCUGUGGAUGUCUGUCUGUCUGUCUGUGUGUUCGUCUGUGUGUGUGCAGGGGUGCUCUCGAGAAGGAGUAUCAGCAGGCCCUCCAGGCGGUGAGUGAGUCGCUCGUAGAGAGAGGCCAGACACAGGAGUCGCUGCAUUUCUCCCCUCGUAUCUAUCUAUUAUGUGUGUCUUCCCGCCAUUUAGGCGCAGCAGGACAGGAACGGCAGCCAAUCUGAGAGCGAAGAUGCAUCCACACAACCGCCAAGUGAGCACCCAACCGACCAGGCCGGCGACAGAAGCCAAAACACACGUGUGUGUGUGUGCUGUGCCUGUGUGUGUGAUGGCUGGUAGGUACUGGAUCGGUGUCUCGUGCGUCGACCAACGAGGAAGCUGCUGCCGACCAUGUCGACACCAAAUGCAUCACCGACGCCGUCGCCAUGGCCAUCCGUAAGACACGCACACACACACACACACACGUGCACGUGUGAUCUCUUCAUCAUUCAUCGCGACUCCCCUCUCCCUCUCCCUCCCCCUCUCCCUCUGUGUGUGUCAGAUCAUGUGACGAAUGUGCCGUGUGAGGUAGACGCGACCACUCGGCAGUACCUGCGGCUGCCCAAGGGCAUGAUCACCACUGGCGGCCCUCUCAAGCACAAGGACACACACAUACAGACCGACCCGCCACACACGCGCAGGGGGUGGCUCUGAAGCCAAUCUGGUGUGGCACCCACCACUCAUAGAACGGGGUGGUGGGAGUGGGGCGGGGCGGCGUGUUGUGUUUCCUUGGCCGUGAUCUGUCUGUCUGCCUGUCUGUCUGUGUGUCUGUGUUGUGUUUGGGCUGGUUGGGCCGCCUCGCUCACCUUUUUGGAGCGGGGCGGGGGCGCUGAACGGCACGCCCGAUGGAUGGUUUUUGCGGGCGGGCUGGCGGGCGAGCGGGCGGGCUGCGCACGUGGGCGGCCGAGUGCUGCCUGCCUGUCUGUCUGUCUGUGUGACAUAAAUCCUGCCUGGCAUCCUUGCUUACUGCUUACUUGUCGUCAGUGUGUGCAUGUGCAUACAAAACUCUACACACACGAGGAGAGGAGAGGGGGCAACCUUGACACAGGCAGCGACACGGGCAUGGAGCGGGUCUCUCUCUUCCUCUCCCGUCGACUGACAUUUUUGCCGCUCGACGCGGUGCGUGCGGCUGAUGGGAUGGAUGGAUGACACUGAGACAGAUAGAACGAAAAGGAGAAUUUUGAUUCAGAGUGUCUGCUGCGAGUUAGUCUGUCUGUCUGAGUGUCCGAGUGUCUUUAUGUGUGUCGUGUCAGUCAGUCAGUCAGUCAGUCGGGGGCAAUUCGUUCGUUGGUUCGUGGCGUCUUUGGUAAUAAUUGGUCCAUACCACACCGUACAUGUAGCUCGUCUGUCUCGGAUGAGCUGUGUGGCUAACGCUGCAGUCAGUCAUCGCAUUCAUUGCAUAGCAUAAGGAGGUGGGGAGGAUAGUGUGUGCAUUUGUGUGGGCAAGGAAGGACUGUGUGGGCGGUUCGGAUCGUGUGUCGCGUGCAGGUGUGUGUGUGGGGGUGUGGGCGCAUCCGUGAGGAUGGCGUAAUGUGUAAGGAAGGCUUUAUCGGAACACAAUGAGCAUGCCAUUCCCUGUCCACUGUCGCCCUUCCUGCCUGCCUGUCUGCCUGCCUUUAUCCAGCCAUCGUCCUCUCUCUCUCUCUCUCGCUCCCAUCACACACACACACAGAGACACCAUGGAUGUACCUGCCAAGCGGCAGACAACUGUUUUCUGGUUGAGUGAUCGAUCCAUGAUGCAUACCUACGGGAAUCCCGUGCUGUGUCUGCUGAAGCGACCUCUGACUCUUCCAUUCUUCCACUCAUUCCUGUGCAAUGAUGGCCUCGGUGAAUCCGGCGUGCUGUUGCGACUCCUCCGCAAUGACGCGGAUCGAUUUGCAAUUGCCCGACGGGUUGACUGACUCAUCAUGGCACGGAAAGAGAGACCCGCUGCUGAUCAUUCAGGGAAGCCCGAAGGGACGGACUACCUGUCUGUCUGAGUGUGAAGAAUUGAUGCGUGUGUCCUGUUGUGUCGUGUCGUCUCUCUCUCUCUCUCUCUCUCUCUCUCUGUGACUCUGACUCUGAUGCGCGUGACUGGUGACUGACUCUCUCUCUUGCCCAGUCGAAUUCAGGAUGGAUGGAUGGAUGGAUGGAUGGAUGGAGUGCGUGUGCGCUUCUCUCAUCGUCGUCGUCACGCCAUUCAUCCCAUUGAUUCGCUCACUCAACAGGGUGCAAGCACUGCACCAUGACAUC